AGUGAUAGUUCUGGGAAUGGUGACGAAGGGAAUGUGAGGAGAAUACGUAGUACAGUUCAGCAUGUCUCCACGAAACAUAAGAAAACAAGAUCAGCAUCGAUAGAACCAGAAGAUUCAAGACAUACUGGUAACAGAUCUGAUGAUGAUUAUCACAAUAAUGAGCACACUCGCAGGGAUAGUCAUAAAGACAGACACUCUAGCAGAAAACAUAAAUCAAAGAAAGAUAGACAGAGACAUGCCUCGGGUGAUGAAUCAUCUUCUAGCAAACGAAGGGACAGAGAUACUGAAAGGGAACGCCAGAAAGAUAAAGACAGAAAUCGUGAUAGAAAUGGUGAUCGGAAUAAAGAACGGAGAGAUAAUGACCGGAGAGACAGGCCUCGGUAUGCCAGAGAAAAUGGUGAUGAUUAUUAUGAUCGAGACAAGCCAGAACGUAAAGAGGAAGACUGGCAGUAUACUUACAGGGAUAGGCGGAGAUCUCCAAAGAAAAGAUCAGAUGCUAAAACCAAUGAGGAAGUAGAAGAGGAACCCAAGCCUAAGAAAGCCAAAGCAGACCCCGAUAAUUUGCUAACAAGGACUGGUGGCGCAUAUAUUCCUCCUGCAAGACUCAGAGCUAUGCAAGCUUCAAUCACUGACAAAUCCAGUGUUCCGUACCAGCGUAUUGCCUGGGAAGCUCUGAAGAAGAGCAUCAAUGGUUUAAUCAACAAAGUGAACGUAUCUAACAUAACUUUGAUUGUUCGUGAGUUGUUCGGGGAAAAUAUUGUUCGUGGCCGUGGUCUACUAUCCAGGUCAAUGAUGCAGGCACAAGCGGUGUCACCAACAUUCUCACACGUCUAUGCAGCUCUGCUUUGUAUCAUCAAUACAAAGUUUCCUCAAAUCGGUGAACUUGUACUGAAGCGACUGAUCAUUCAGUUCAAACGUGGAUUCAGGCGCAAUGACAAAGCUGCAUGUAUCGCCUCAGUACGUUUUAUUGCACACCUGGUCAACCAGCAAGUAGCUCAUGAGGUGGUUGCCUUGGAGAUCCUUACUUUGUUGUUGGAGAAACCUUCUGAUGAUUCAGUGGAAAUUGCUGUUGGAUUCCUGAAGGAAUGUGGCAUGAAGCUUACUGAGGUGUCACCCAGAGGCAUCCACGCUAUUUUUGAAAGACUACGUAACAUCCUCCAUGAGAGUCAGAUAGACACACGUGUGCAGUACAUGGUUGAAGUGAUGUUUGCCGUACGCAAGGAUGGCUUCAAAGACCACCAGUCUGUCCUGGAAGGCUUAGACUUGGUGGAUGAAGAUGACCAGUUUACUCAUCUCAUCACAAUGGAUGAUGCUAAAGAUGGCGAGGAUAUAUUAAAUGUCUUCAAGGCUGACCCAGAGUUUGAACUUAGUGAAGAGAAGUACAAAGAACUCAAGAAAGAGAUCUUGGAAGAAGGUAGUGAUGAUGACAGUGAUGAAUCUGGUGACAGUGAUGGAGAUGAUGAAUCUGAUGAAGAAGAAGAUGAAGAAGAAGCAGAGAGCCAAAAGAUCAUUGACAUGACUGAAACCAAUAUGGUUGCCCUGAGGCGUACCAUUUAUCUCACUAUACAGUCCAGUCUUGACUUUGAGGAGUGUGCUCACAAGCUGCUGAAGAUGCAGUUGAAGCCUGGUCAGGAGGUGGAGCUUUGUAACAUGAUCCUGGAUUGUUGCGCUCAGAUGAGGACGUAUGAGAAAUUCUACGGCCUUCUGGCCCAGAGGUUCUGUAUGCUGGACAAGAAGUAUGUGACUCCAUUCCAAGUCAUCUUCCAAGAGCAAUAUGAUACUAUACACCGUUUAGAGACUCAGAAACUGAGGAAUGUCGCAAAGUUCUUUGCGCAUUUACUCCACACUGACUCUAUAUCAUGGGCUGUACUUGGGGGACUUAAAAUGAACGAGGAGGAUACAACUUCAUCCAGUAGAAUUUUUAUUAAGAUUCUCAUUCAGGAGCUAUCAGAGUACCUGGGUCUACCAAGAUUGAAUGACAGACUGAAGGACCAGUCUCUGUCCAUGUACUUUGAGGGCCUGUUUCCGAGAGAUAAUCCCAGGAAUACUCGAUUUGCCAUCAACUUCUUCACCUCAAUUGGACUUGGUGGUCUGACAGAUGAGUUGAGGGCACACCUUAGGUCUGUACCCAAGGCCCCACCCCCCACUGCUGAAGAAUCUAGCUCAAGCAGUACUUCAAGCAGUUCUGACUCUAGCAGCAGUAGUAGCGAUAGCAGUAGCAGUAGUGACAGCGACUCCAGUUCAGAUUCUGAUUCGGAUGUUGGCAACUUUAAGAGAAAGAAAGGGAGGGCUGUGGGUAAAGAUAAACAGAGAGACAGAAAUAGAGAAGACACUAAGAAAUCUAAAUCAUAUUCUAGUAGACGAACUAGAGAAAGUGAAAAAGAAAAUUUACGUGAUCGUAAUAGUAAAAGAGAUAGAGAUAGUGAGGAACGCCCUGUUAGAGAAAUUAAUAGAGAACGUGGUGAAAGACAUCGCGAAUCUAGAAAUAAAUAUCGCGAUUCAAAUGACUAUGAAGAAGACGCUAGACCAGAUGUGAGACGUAGUGAUAAAUCAAGGAGGAGGAAAGAUCAUGUGGAAGAUGAUUCAAGACGGGAAAGAUCAAGUCACUCUGAACGUAGAGAGCGGCGGCGCUGAAAUUUCAAAUUCAUCUUAUGUAAUUAGAACUAUAGUCCACAUGAAUUUUUGAUAUUUAAAUUUUGUCAUACAAUGCAUGCAUCAUCUAUAGAUAGUGUUGUAUACAGCAGAUUAAGCUCCAACCUCACAGUGAACUAUCAAAAUACAGCUAAAUAUACAGGGUGUCCAUGAAGUCUCUACAAUUUCAAUACAAAGUCUGUGGUAAGUGUAGGGACUUUAGGAACA